UGCGUGUGCACAAGACACUUAAUGAACACGAUCAUGGCAAGCGAGAAAGGUGGCUUAAAGCGUAAAACCCUGAAAGAGUCAAAAUUAGACGAGAAACAGGAAGAACCCGCAUCGAAAAAACCAUGUAACAUAUCGAUUGAUGAAGAUGGUAGCCAAUCGAAGCUUCGAAAAUUAACUUCACAGGGGAUUUCCAACUAUAGCAGAUUUAGACCACCGUCGCCUUUUUCUAUACGAAGUUCACCGCCAACACCAACUAUUGCUCCUUCCCCGAAUAGAAAUUUAACUAGAUCUACUUGUUUCUCAAAUAAUGAUAUGAGUCCUUUAAUAUUUUUAGAUAUUCAUCAUCAAUAUGAAAGAAUGCUUCAGCAAGUUCCCAGUAGCAAAAUGCUGACUGUAGAGAAAUUGAGAAACCUUCUACCUUUUUCUAACUUUUUUGAGGGGGCGAUUCCUAUUAUCAAAAUUAGUAGAGAAUGUAACGGUCAAAAAUUGAAAUCACCAACACUAAUUCCUUCAAGAAGUUCACAUGGACCUAUGACUUUUGUUCCUUCCCAAAAUAUAAAUUCAACGGAAUUGUCUGACGAUCUAAACCCUUUAGUAUUUUUAGAAAUACAUAAUCAAUACGAAAAAAUGCUCCAACUCGUUCCCGGCAGAAAAAUAUUGACUGCGGAGAGAUUAAGAGAUAUUAUACCUUUUACCGAUUACUUUGACAACAUAAUGCUAAUUAUUAAAUGUAGUAGAGAGCAUAACUAUGAGUACACAAGUUGCCAGUAGUGUAUUCAUUUCUUUACAAAAAUUAAUAAACUAACUAAUAAUAAUGAAUAUAGCCCUAUGAUCGUUAGUCCAGUCAUUUGAGAUUUUAUCCGCGGAAAUUUUGAAGAGGAUAAAAUUUUAAUACAAUAUUUGUAGGGGAUGUAAAAUCAGUUGUCCCUAAAAAAAGUGCUCUCCGAUACCGGGCAAACGUUGAAAUUACUCUCAAAAGGCUUUGGCAAACGUCACAAAGUCAGCAUUUUUAAAACAUGGAAGAAAAUUAAGUGACCGCCAGAAUUGUAUAGAGUAAUUACCUUAUGGGACAUGAAAAAAAAUCGCAGCAUGAAGUAACAUCGAUCGAUUUAGUUUUUAAUGCUAAGUCGAGUAAUAAUAUUCAUUAAAAAAUAUUUUAUUUUAUUUUGGUCGGCUAUUCUUUUCUAUAUUUUCAAUACAUAAACAUAACUCUCCUUGUCUAUCUUAUAGGUUUUGUUUAUGCUCUGUUCCAUUUAGGUACGUUUAUUGUGAUAAAAAACUCGCAAUAAGUGUGUCAAGCGCCGACAUAUUGCUCUGUCUCUCUCACAGCCAGGGGUGUUCAAUAUUUUCACUGGUUUUAACUUUACUAACCUUUGGAAGUUGAUAAAUUUUAACCUGUUACCGGUAAGGGAUUAAAGAUGCAGACUUUUUGUGUACUUCAAUAUUUCCGCGGAUAAAAUCUUAAAUGACUGGACUAUAUACCGAAUACUCGUACAAACAUAUAUUCAAUAUCAUAAUUACUAUUGUAGUAAUAGACUUCAAAAGCCGAUCCUGAUUCUUGUACAAGUUUCUCACUGCAUUAUCAUUUUAAUGCUGUUAGGUUUAACCAAAAUGAGUGACAGGCCUUUUGCCAUGACAAAUAUUUAGUUUCAUUCAUAUAAGAAGUUACACUGUUACAGAUAUGAAAAAUACUUUCUCUUUCGUUCCAUGACAAGACUUUUUAUGAUAUUAGAAAAUUUUUUUUUU